GUGCUGAGCAGCGAAGCCGGCAGGGAGAGGCCGGCAGAGGCCUGGCUCCGGCGGCUCCCGUGUCCCUCCUGCUUUAGCUCCCCCAAGGCUCCUCUGGAAUUCUCUUCGUGCCCGCUGUUGCCAUGCACUCAGCUGGGCCUCAAGGGGCCGAGUCCCUGAUGAGCAGGCAGGAAGAGAAGGAUGCAGAGCUGGACCGGAGGAUAACUGCCCUUCGCAAGAAGAACCAGGCCUUACUCCGCAGGUACCAGGAGAUCCAGGAAGACCGUCGGCAGGCGGAGCGGGGGGGCAUGGCUGUGACCACGCCGGAGCUCCUCCGACCUGAUGGCCUCACCAUCACCAUCAGCCAGGUUCCCGGUGAGAAGCGAGUGGUCAGCCAGAACUGGGCAAGGAGCACCCGUGGACCUGGGGCGGCCAAUGAGGUGCUCACAGAUGAGGAUCUGGAGGACCACACCUUCUGCUUAGGGGAGCGGGUGGAGCUGGCCGUGACCAUGGAAAACAAAGCUGAGGCCAAGCGCAUCGUAAGUGAGAAGCACACCAGAGCGAGAAGCCAGGGGGCAGAAGGGCCACCUGGAGAGGGCUCGGGCCGGAGCUGCUCCACGCAGAUGGAUGUCAGCUCGGAUUCUGCACGGAAGGGUGCCCGGGAGCCCCGGAGUCCAGGCCUGGCCCGCGGCUCAGCUCCCCACCGGCCAGUGUGGGGGCCCCUGGAGGGGGACUGGGACUAUGCCCAGUGGAAGCAGGAGCGGGAGCAGAUCGACCUGGCCCGCCUUGCCCGGCACAGAGAUGCACAGGGUGACUGGCGCCGCCCGUGGGACCUGGACAAGGCCAAGUCCACGCCGCAGGGCUCCAGCAGGCCUCGGGAGGAGGGCCGGGGCCGGGGCCGGGCGGGCAGCACCAGGGGUCCCAGGAGCCACCGGAAGCUACAGCCCCCACCAUUGCCCCCUGAUGGCAAAGGUGCUACUACUCGGGGUGGGCAGUCUAGCAGAUCCUUGGUGGCACCAGCCAUGUGCAGCAAAGCUCGAGGGAUGGAUAGGCUGACUGGCAGGGCCCGAAGGUGGGAGACAAAGGAAGAGAAGGAGGAGGUGGAGAGCCCGGAGGGAAGUCAAAGCCCCGGCCAGACUCUGAAUGAGAAGGAGCGUGCACAGACACAAAGCAGGACGGAGCAGGGCGGGCCCCCGAGUGGCCCGGCAGCCAGCCCAGCUCCAGCUUCCCCAGAGGGGCCAAAGGGGGAGUCAGGAGCUUCGACAGCCAGUCCGGUCCCUGGCUCUCCACAAACCUCUGACUUGGUUCCCCUUGACCUCUCUCUAGGAGGCACCAGUAGCCCUGGGCCUGGGAAGAGCGUGGGUGUGCUCAGUCCAAGCCCUGGGGCCCAGGAGAGUCCUGUGUCCCUGUCAGAUGGUUCUGAGCAGCCCCUGGGGUGGGAGGAUCCCCAGGCUGAGCAGGAAGUCCAGACUCGCUCUGAGUCACAAAGAGGAACAGGGCCCUUAGAACCCAGAAAAGAUGGGCCUGGCAAGGCUGGGGCCCAGCAGGGCCUGGCACCACGAAGUAGGCCCCCCAGAGGAACUGGCCAAAAAGUGAGGGGCAGAGGAGGUGUGAGGGGCAGGACAGGGGUCCCUGGCCCCACAGGGAGAUGCUGAGCAAAGCUCCUGGGAGCAGGGGGACCAGGCUGGGGAGAGGAGGAGAGAAGAACGCAGUCAAGAGCCUUCUUGGUGAUGGGCGUCUUGCUGCUGGGGGCUUGUGGCAGUCUGGCUGUAUGGUUUGGCAAAUUCUCUGGCCCAGGGACAUUGUGAGGGCAAGGAGCUGUCCUUCCCUGCACCUCAUAGGCACACACCUCUGUGCACAAGUGUGUUUGCACCUGCAGGCACAGCCCCGGGUGUAUUUCUGUGCCACACCUGGUCUCCGAGGCUGGUAAGCCCUGUCUUGCUUGGCUCUACUGCUGCCUAGGCCACAAGCUUCCCCUGCAUUCCCUAGGGCAAGAAAGCAAGGCUGAGAAGCACUGAGCCCCUGGCUUGUGUGGCCUCCCUUUCCAGCUGCCAGCUUCCAGCUCCUCAGGUGGGGGCAGCCUCAGCAGCUGGCACGGCCAGGCCUGGGCCCUUCCUCACCUCUGCCUCGCACCCAGGUGGCUCACGGCCCCAGAUUCAGGAUGGCCAAACCAGGGGAAUCUCACCAAUCAGCCAGAAGCCUUUUGCCUUUCUGGGAGAGGAGGCUGAAGCCCAGAGAAAGGGAGGCCACAGUCAGCAGGGGCUGAGCUAGGGCUGGAGGAGCAGAGCUGAGGUCUGCCCUGGAAAGGCCUCCUCUCUGAGAUGGGGUGGGGGUGGUUGGGAAGGAGAGGGCCUCCUCUCCCUGCAGUAGGUGGGGGAGCUUACCAUCAGGGAACCCCAUUUCCACAUCAGGUCAGAUACUGAGUGCACCCCAAAUGGGGGUCCGGGAACAGUCCUGCAGCCCAGGGUCAUUUCCCGCCAUCCGCUCCUUCCUCCCCCUGCCACCUUGCUGAACCAUGGUCAGGGAACAGCAAGGACUCAGACAGGAUCUGAGAGAUAAGAAAUGGCGACUGCAGCGAAGGAGAGCAUCAGGACUUGCCUUUCCCACCUAAGUCUCCACUCCUGCCCCUCCACUAAGGCCCCCCGUCUGGUGAAUGAUCCAGACUCUGCACAAGCUGUGGCUUCCUCUCAACUCAACAAACAUUUCCUGAGCACCUACUACCAACAACACAGCCAGUGGGCGAUGGGGACUUUGCCAGCAGGAGGGAGGGCAGAAGCCCAGUCACUGGGCAGAUCCAGGCAGCACAGCAGGAGCCGUCCUUGGCCCAACAGGGGACAGGGGCUGAGGGUGGCGGUGGCAGCCCAAAGGGAGCCAUGCUACCUCUGCUGGAGAAGGCAGGUGCCCCUCCCUCUCUCCCUGUGUGCACCCUUUGCCCCAAGCCCUUGCCGGGAUCUCCCCACGUAGCCCCUCUGCUCUCCUCCUCUGCGGUCCUGCCAUGGUUGCUCCUGUCUGCUGACCGUGCCUCCCUAGGUUCUCUGGGGAGUGUCCAGAUUGUCCCCCAGAUUUCUCCACUGUCAGUGUGAGGCCUUCACCAUGAGGUCACAGCCUGGGCUUCCUCACUGGCUCUCAUUCCACCCGCCCCAAUGAUUCAGGAAGUGUGAGGAGGGGAUCAGAUUCUUUAAAGCAGUGCUUCUCGCAUGUGCAGGUGCAGAGUAGAGCAGAUGCUAAUUCAGUAGGUCUGGGGUGGGCUUGAGAAUAUGCAUUUCUACUGCUUCUCCAGGUGAUGCUUACGCUGCUGGUGCCUGGACCACGCUGUGAGCAGUAAGGGCUUGGGCUAGCACUUGUGGAGGCUGGUGGCCGGCUCUGCGGAGGAUGGGGUGGUGCUGCCUCCGCUGGUGGGACCUGCUUGGCUUCAGACCUGGGUGGGAAACUAAGGCAGCUGGGAAGAUGCUCGAGAGGCCAGUGAGUGGCGGUGCCAACUUCCUGCAGUGUGGGGUGAGGUGAAGGGGGUGGAAGAGCUCGGUGUGGGGUUGAUCACAGGGAUUUGGAAAGACUUGGGGACAUUCUUGUGCAUGUGAGAGGGAGGCCCCUGGGACAUGAGCAGGCAGGAAUGAAAGAGUCCCAGUUCAAGUCUUCCUCUUGCCUUCCAGUCACACAAGUACGGCUUUGGAGCACAGCCCUGGUCCUGGCGCCCGUGUCUCCCCAGGAUGGGCGUGGGGUGGAGCAGGUGCAGGCAGGGCCCUUGACCGCAGGUGUUUCCAAAAAUAACUGUGACCGAGGACUUGGAUUCUAAGAUUCACAAACUGCCACCAACCCCCAACGCCUCCAGCUGCACGGAUGUGCCAAGGCACGUCUGACCCUAAGGAGCACGGGGCUGGGUAGCUGACAGAGCUCUGCUUCGGCCCUCAUGGCAGGACAUACACUAGAGAGGAAGCUGGGCGGAAGGGCCAUGGAGAGACUGGGCUCCUCUCCCUGAGGGGGACAUUCAGAAGGACCUUAGGAGAAAGGAUGUCAUAGGAGCCACUGGGGGCUGGAGGGGAUGAAGACUGGUACAGGACACCUUCACUGGAGGAAGAUUACAGGGCAAGGCAAGUAUCCCUGAGCUUUAAUUUU